GCACAUCACACACCGACGCGCACCGUAGCACCCUCCACUCACCCAAACAAAUCCUCCCCUCAAAUGGAAUAGAGAAGCCUUCCCGAACGUUAAAACCGCUCUCCUCCCCCCCCUCCCUCUCUCUCUCUCUCUCUCUCUCUCUCUCUACACAAACUUACGUUUCCCGGCGUAUUCAUCACAUCAGAGAACCAAACAAACAAACACAAACCGAAGAAAACCCUCACGGCCCCUCCGUCAAACUUUUCCGGUGAAAAAUCUCCGGAAACGUCAUCAGUAAGAAGAAGUCGGAGCCAUUGAAAGAGAGAGUAUCGUAAAUCGUAGCGAGGAGUGGGGUAGGGCUGAUCGAUCAAUGGUGGAUUUGGGGAAGCGGAGGAGGGAGAGAGAAACGGAGAAGGAGGAGUCCAUGGAGAUCAUGGGAGCACCACCAGCAGCAGAGAGAUCGAGGCCGUCGCUUCACAAUUUCAAGAUGCCGUGCCUCCAGUGGGGCAACCAGAAACUCCUCAGGUGCAUGAACGUCAACCAAAGCGGCGGAGUCCUCAACAAGUCCGCGGCUUUGGGCGCAAGCAAGGGCUCGAUCGAGCGGAAGGAGGAGAGGUUGAGGAAAUCCAGGGCGGCGGAGGGAGACGGAAUCGAGGCGAUCAGGGAGAAGCUGAUGGUCGAUCUCCAGGAGGCGGCGGACAAGAUGAAGGACGCGAUUUUGAGGGAUGGCUUGGACGCGCCGGCGGCGGAUGCUGAGGACGAUUCCGUCAGGCCGUGGAAUCUGAGGACGAGGCGAGCCGCGUGUAAGGCUCCGAAUGGAACGAACGGCGGUAACGGCUGUAAUGGCGGCGUUGCGAAGGGUUUGAAACCUAACUUCCCUCCGUUGAGGAGUGAAGGAAAAUCGUCGAGAUUAUGCGGAGAUAUCAUGGCGGAGGGUCCGACCGGCGAGAAGAAGAGAGAGAGCUCAGAGAGGUCGAGAUUUUCGGUUUCGCUUUCACGGCGAGAGAUUGAGGAGGAUUUUAGGGCCUUGACUGGACACAGGCCCCCUCGGCGGCCCAAAAAACGGCCCAAGAUUGUCCAGAAAGAACUCGAUACUAUUUUUCCGGGUUUGUGGUUGACGGAAAUUACGGCUGACAUAUACAAAGUUCCUGAUGCUCCCGAGACUGGAAAAAGGUAGUAGUUGGUUUGGAGUUGCUGCUGUUUCUGGAAGUUUGGAAAUUGAAGGCUUAUCUGCUUGCUGACUUGCUGCUGGUGUAACGGGACCUCAUAUUAGUGGUAUACUGCACCAUCUUUGGCAAUUGGGAAUUCCAUGGAAGUGUCGAAUUCUUUGGUAAGAUGUGGUGUAUGGUUCAAUUGAUUUUACUAGAAGCUUUACUUGUUAAUUAUAGUAUAAAUUAGUCGAUUUCUUUAGGUUGAUUGGAAUAAAUCUGUAAAGAGAAAAGUGGUGGUCAUGUUCCAGCUUGAGGAAGCAUCUAAUUGUGGAAUGAACGCCCGGCUACAUUUUUAGUUUAUAUAUAUGAUAUGACAUUUCCAAUUUUCCUAA